UUUACAUUUUCCGUGGACUUGUUGUUUGAACGCUCCGUUGAUCUUUCAUCCCAUUAGAUAUAUGUUAACGAAGAGCAGCUGUAUGCUUUUUUGGGGGUUCAAACAAACGAGGAGCAUAUUCUCGCGGCAUGUUUGCGAACCUCCUCUCAUCGUGAGGCUACCUCUAGGGGCAGACGAAAAAACCCUUCCUGUUGAUCAUCGAAAACCUGCUAUUUUAUUGCUUGGAUGGGCAGGAGCGCAGCACGAAUAUUUAGCAAAGUAUAGCAAAAUCUAUAACGAAAACGGAUAUCGUACGAUUUCCUUUAUUGCUCCUUGCUACCAUUAUACUAUACCAAAUGCUCGAAAUGGUUUCUAUCUCUCUCCUGUUCUUCGUGGUAUCGAUGCCAAACCAGGGAACUUCGAGAGCUUCAGACAUUGCCCUCUGGUAUGCCAUGUGUUUUCGAUGAAUGGUGUUCGUUCGCUGAUUUCAUUGUGGAAGUGGACAGAAGCAGAACAGGUUACAUAUCUUCGUCAAAGGAUUAAAGGUGUCAUAUUCGACAGUGCACCAGCACGAACAUCUGCAGGCCCGGAUUCACAUGCUGUUGUUAACUCAACCCCUGUAAUCGAGGGACUACGAUGGUUGGAUAAGGAGACCAGACGGAAAUUCAUAAAAGUGGCAUUUCACUUGAGAAAAGGAAUUGCUCACUCGGUUUCCGCACUUUACUCUCCGAUUCGUUCACAGCUCUCGAUGUAUUAUUACUUAGAAGAGAAUAUGGAUUUGCCAAAACCACAACUUUACCUGUAUUCACGAGAGGACAAGCUCAUAAAACAUGAAUUAGUACGGCGUUUUCUGGAGCAUCAACGAGAACUUGGUAAAGACGUUGACGAAGUAGUUUUCGAAGGUUCGGAGCAUGUUCAGCACUUCCGGAAAUAUCCAAACGAGUACCGUGCCGCCUGUUUGAAGCUGCUGCAGAAAGUUAUGGUUACUUCGUUGUCAACCAAAUAUGUAGGCGCAGUGCCUAAGACAUGCAUCCGGUUUUCCCCGUCCUAUAGGAGUUCUAAUCUGUCUUAUCUUUGA